AUGGACUAUGAAGGCAUCUACCGAAAGUCAGGUGGUGUGGGUCAGAUGAGACAAAUUCAGCUUGCAUUUGAGAGAGGUGAGGUGCCUAAUCUGAUUGAUGAGGAGAAAUGGAACGAUAUAUGUGCAGUGACAAGCGUAUUGAAACAAUACUUUCGUGAACUUCCUAAUCCGCUCUUUACAUAUGAACUCCAUCCCAAAUAUAUGGAUGCUAUGACCAUUUCUAAUAGCGCAGAACAGUUGCAGACGAUGACUCAAUUGAUUCAAAUGCUUCCUAUUGAAAACUUUAAUACCUUAAAGUACUUGAUGGAACACUUGCACAGAGUACAAUUAAGACAAAAAGAAAACUUGAUGACGUCCAAGAAUCUUGCUGUCAUCUUUGGACCUACUUUACUUCGGCACAAGGAUGAGAAUAGGGAUCUUUUGGAGAUGAGCUACAAGAUCGGAGUCAUUGAAUUUAUACUCAAUAAUGUGGAUAAACUGUUUAUAAUCGAAACCUUGGGUGGAAAGAACAAUACGGAGAAUCGUAAAGUUCAUCUGCCACCUGUUAACAAAGGAGAAGAUUUGAGCACUGUUCUUGCGAAUUACAAUAAUGAUCUCACAGCUCUUCCUGCUGUGCCUCCAAGAGAGAAUGCAAAUUAUAUAUAG